GCGAUCUGAAGAAAGGGAGAGAAAUUCGAGAGCGAGAUCAGCGCCGAUCGGUCGUCGCUCUUCUCGAAGCGUUCGUCAUCUUGAUCGACUUCUGAUCCGAUUGUCAUCCAGGUCCAAAGAACGCAUGGACAUCUAUUACGGGAUGAGCAGCGGGACGACCACAAGCUCUGAUCAUACGGUCAGCAGUGGCGGAUCAGGAUCAUGGACGAGCCAAUCACCAAACCGACGGCGGAGAUUCCCAUCACCCUCGCCGAACGCCUUCCUAGGUCCGGCCUUCAACGCCUGCGCCUCCAGCCCCAAAUCCCCAGCCACGCAUCUUGACCUUGACCCUGCUCUCCUCCGCUACACCCGCUCACGCCUCCCCGACUCAUCCGACUCGCCGAUGUCGCGGCUGAAGCUUCUCCCCCAUCAUCUCCUCCAGCUCCGUUCCCCUCGCGGCGGCACCUCACCACUGUCGUCGAUCGGGAAUUUAGUGGCAGGGGCCUCGUCAGCAGUCUAUAAGACGCCGGUGAAGAUGGAGGUCGAGGAGGAUGUGCUCGUGAUGGAUGGGGUCUUGGUUGGGGAGAACAGCGGCUCGGGGCGGGCAAGGGGUGGGGGCGAGCUUGGAUCGUCCAGUUCGUCGUCCAGCAGUGGCGGUGUUGGGAGCCUUUAUAAGACAGAGAUGUGCCGUUUGUGGGUUGAAACUGGCGUUUGCCGCUACAGGUCCAAGUGCCAGUUCGCGCACGGGAAGGAGGAGCUACGCGGCGCUCGCUCUGUGAAGCCGAAAACCGAGGGUUCUAAACAUGCACAAGCUACAGCCGGGAGCAAGGGCCGCUACAUACCCCCACCGAUCGCUGCCGCUCUAGCGCUCGCCGCAAAAGCCUCGACCACUCCCACUGUGCCACCACGGGAGCCACCAUCCUUCGUUUGGCCGCCUACUGAGGAGGAGGAGGCUGUCAUCAACCGCGUGCUCUACGGGUCCAGCCAGAAACGCAGGCUCCCAGUCUUCCUUGAGAUCUGCCCCUCUUGAUCCGGCUUUAGGGCUCACACCGCUCUCCCUCUUCUCUCCGCCCACUCUCCACUCGCCGGUGGCCCAAUCCUGGCGAUCUCGUCCCCGAUCGCUGCUCGCCGCCGAAAUCCAG